AUGACCGCGGGCGGAGGGACUGGCGGACUCUCCGCGCCCGUCGCUUCCGCCAAGGUGCGGUGGCGCGAGGAGCGCGCGCUGGUGGGGCACGAGGGCGCGGUGCUAGCGGUGCGGUACAACCCGGACGGGCGGUACUGCCUGACGUGCGGGAAGGACCGCACGGUGCGGCUGUGGAACCCCGCGACGGGGCUGAUGAUCAAGAGCUACGUGGGGCACGGCCGCGAGGUGCGCGACGUCGCCGUCACCAGGUGCGCGCGGCGGGGGGCGCUGGCGCGGAGGGGAGGGGAGUGGGGUGAUAGCAGUGGAAAAGGGAGGUGCCGGGGCGAGUCAAGGAAGGGACGAACAUGGCGACUUUCUCAGCCCAUGCCUUGCGCCCAACACGGCGUGCCCUGCUCCUGCAUGCCUCCAUGCCUCUUGCGCUCUCCCUCCUCCCUUUCCCCUUACCCUCUUGCCGCCGCUCCUUUGCGCCUACUCCUCCCUGCGCACCCAUGCAGCGACAACGCGCGGCUGGCGUCGGGGGGCGCGGAGAGGGGCGUGCUGCUGUGGGACGUGGCGGCAGGGCGAGUGCUGCGGCGCUUCAAAGGCCACGACAACCAGGUGAACGCAGUGGCGUUCAACGAGUACGACAGCGUGGUGGUAUCAGGCGGGUACGACCGCAGCGUGCGGGUGUGGGACUGCAGGUCGCACAGCGUAGACGCCGUGCAGACCAUGGACCCCUUCUCCGAUGCCGUCACCUCGCUGCUGCUCUCCGCUCACUGCAUCGUGGCCGCCAGCAUUGACGGCAGCAUCGCCACGUUUGAUAUCCGCAGAGGCAGACUACAGGUGGACGAGCUAGGGCUAGAGCACCCGAUCAACUGCAUCGCCAUGUCACAUGAUGCCAACUGCCUGCUGGCCGCCAGCCUGCACAGCACUCUCAGACUUCUCGACAGGCAAAGCGGAGAGAUUCUGAACGAGUACCGAGGCCAUGUGAACGAGCACUACAAGCUGGAGGCAGGGUUGACGCGGGACGAUGCAUACGUGGUGUGUGGGUCAGAGGAUGGGCGGCUGGUGGCAUGGGACCUCGUGGAGGGGUCAGUGGCGGGGCAGCAGCAGGGUGCGCACAAGGGCGUGGUGACAGGGAUUGCUUUCCAUCCCUCUGACAAGCAGAUGCUCUCCUGCUCCGCUGAUGGGUCCGUGCGCGUCUGGGACUUGCAGCAUUGA